UUCAAUUUCAUUACCCGUUGCAUUAUUCUCUCUCUCUCUCUCUCACUAAAAUGUCGACGGCGCGUGAUGGCACGGCGGCGGCGGGCGCGUACGAAGGAGCCGGAACCGGAGCGGGAGGUAAAUUUAGGAAAAAACCUUUCCGACGGAACCAAACAACACCUUACGAUCGUCCACCACCACCAGCACAAAGAAACCCUAGUUGGCUUACAAAGGCUGUUGUUGAUCCAGCUUCAAAGCUCAUAACUAACGGUGCUCAACGGUUAUUUAACUCCGUAUUCCGUAAACAUCUAGAACCUUCUACUUCAAUGCCGUUAUCUCUACCUCCAGGACCAAGACAAGAACCACAGAAUCUGCCUCAGGAGUCACGUCCCAAUGAGUAUGCUGGAGCACUGGUGGAGGCAGGACAAGGAGGUGACAACGAUGCAUGCAGCUCCGGGGACGGCGCAUUCUCAGAGCUUGAGCAGCUCUUGAAGCAGAAGACAUUUACAAGAACUGAGAUUGAUUGCUUGACAGAACUUUUGCGCUCAAAAGCUGUAGACAUGCCUAUGGGAGAUGAGGAGAAAAGAGCCGAGGCCAUUCAAUCUAGAUGUGCAUUGGAUUCUUCAAGCAGCUUGCUGGAAGAAAAUAACUCUGUUAAGGUUACAUCCGGCGGAGUUGUUGCAACUCCUGUCAUGAAUUCCAGGAUUCUUGAAGAUGAUAUUGCCUCUCCUGCUGAGCUUGCAAAAGCUUACAUGGGGAGUAGGCCAUCAAAGGUGUCACCAUCAAUGCUGAGCACGCGUAGUCAAGUUGUAGAGGGUACACCACUGCUAACAAAUGCACAAUAUGUCCAAAGAUCACCCGUUCCAUCAGUGACAACUAGGACUCCUGGUUUUCUCGGGGUUCGAGAAAAUGGGUUUACCACUCCGAGAUCUCGUGGCAGAUCUGCUAUAUACAGCAUGGCUCGUACGCCAUACUCUAGAGUUCGUCAAACUGAUGUUCAGAAGGCUACCAGCUCGGCAAAUUAUGACUAUGGUGGGUCUUCAUCAUCUAAGCCAGUGUCGGAGCACGAUAUACUUUUUGGUUCUAAGCAGGCCCUCAAGCGAAGAAGUUAUGUUCUGGAUGAUGAUCUUGGAUCUGUUGGUCCCAUGCGUAGGAUUAGGCAGAAACCUAAUCUAUCUUUUGGAGCUUCACGUCUCAGCACGAGAGUUGCUUCUGCAGCUAACCUGCAUCCGGAGGUAUCAAAAGUUGUCGGAGAUGUCGAAGAUAACAAAACCACGCCUGCAAGACAUGUAGCCAUCCCUCCAAAGUCCAGUGAGACUGCUGCAAAGAUAUUGGAGCAACUUGAAAAGAUAACCCCAAAGGGAAAAUCAUCAGAAUCCAAACUAGCUGCAGGGAAAGAGAAUAAAUUGACACCAAACAUGCUUCACGGACGAGCUCUCAGAAGCUUGGAGGAUUUGGAUUCACCCAAGCUGCUGCAGAGCGCACAAGAUAGCUAUAAGUUGGAGAACUGGUCUAAAAUUCUUUCUCCUAAUCCCAGUGAAUCGAGGCAAAGUGAAUUUAAACAAUAUGGGCAUAAGAGUUCUGUUAGCGAGUCAACUGUUAUAGCAAAAAAAGAUACAAUCUUUUCAUUCAAAGAUACUCAACCUAAUGUUGAAACCAAUUCCCUAGAAAAAAAUAAGUCUGCAGCUCAACCUCCUCUCAAGAAACGAGCUUUUAAGAUGAGUGCAUAUGAGGAUUCUUUUGAGCUAGAAGAGGACAUAAACUCUAAUGGGCCUUCAUCUCAAUUAGCUGAAGGGAGAGGGAAGCUAGAAAUAUCUGCUGCUGACCAGAAGCCCCUAUGUGCUGCUGAACCCACAAGCAAACCUGCUGCUUUGCUGGAUGUAAAGACACCUCCUGGGGUUUUAGACAAGAGAUCUGAUAUGGAAACUCCAGAUACUGGUGCGGUCGCUGUCACUGUGUCUAACAAAACAAAGGAGACAAAUGUUGACAUGGUUCCACCAUUUCUGUUUUCAUCGUCAACCCCAGUGACGGGGUCAAAGCCAGGAAGCUCGAGCAGCCUCUCCAAUCUAGCGUUCGGCCGAGCUGAUGGUCGGCCUAAUCCUUUUCAGUUGGAUAACUCACAGAAGGCUGUGGACAGCAAUGGCAAAUUAGAAGCAUCAUCAUCUGGUCCAUCAAGUUCAAUAUCAACUAGUGGUAUUUUCUCAUUUGGUGCUCCAUCCAGCCCUUCAAGUAAUGGACUGUUUGCUCCCAGUCCUGCUAUCUCAGCCACCUCUGCCUUGGCAUCGGGUAGUUUUACAAAUGAAGUUUCGACUAGCAGCUCGAAUGUUGGUGCCCCGUUGACAAGCAUUACGAGUACGAUUGGUGGCACAACAGGAAGCUCUACCGCAUCUGCUAGCAGUCUCUUUGGUUCCAGUGCAGCAUCCUCGUUUUCCAAGGAACCUCUUAUCAAAUUUGGUUUCUCUGGGGUUCCGCCAAAAACAGUUUCAGCACCAGCAACAACUUCCACCGCAGAAACUACAGACGUGAAUGCCAAAUCUGAGAGUGGAACUGCUUUUGGCAACUUGAAGAGUUCACCUUUCGGGGGUGCAUCUUUUGCAGCUACAGGCUCUGGAUCAGUAAUGUCCACGGGUACUGCAGGUAGUACAGAGUCUCAGGGUUCUGUUUUUAGUACAGGAGGUGCAUCACUUGUUAGAGCAGAGACUUCUGUUGGUGGAUCUGGCAUUUCUGCUGUCUCAGGGAGCAUGCCCGCUCCUUUCAGUUCAUCUGCUUCAUUGCCAUCCACAGCAAACUUUCCUGUGUUUGGUUCUGCGCCUGGUACUACUGGUCAAGUUUCUGCUUCUCCUUCACAUAAUGCCCUAGUUGGCUCCAGCAAUGCUGCUUCUGGAAUAUUUAGUUUUGGUGCAAGUUCAUCAUCUUCCAGUGCAGCAGGCAGUUCAAGUGGGCCCACAAAUGGUACGGUCCCGUUGGCAUUUACUUUUGGUGCCAGUUCUGCAGCUCCUUCAAAAACCAGUGUACCUGCCACGUCCAGCAGCGCUACUCCUGGAAUAUUCAGCUUUAGUGGUAGUUCUUCAGCUUCCUCAACAAAUGCUGUCAACAGCUCCAGCAGUACUACCCCCAGUGUAUUUAAUUUUGGUGGUAAUACUUCAUCCUCCUCAGCAAACACCAUCAAUACUUCAGCUGCUCCUGGUAUAUUUAAUAUUGGUGGGAGUUCUUCAACUUCUCCUGCAAAUGCUGGCAACACCUCCACUAGUGCUUCGCCUGGCAUCUUCAGUUUUGGUGCUAGUUCUUCAGCUUCCUUGACAAAUGCGGCUAGCACAGUUAAUCCUAGUCCAUUCCACUUUGGUGCUACUUCAGCCUCUUCACAAGCCUCUAGCACUGCUGGAACUUUUGGAUCUAGUUGGCAGCCCCAAAAGUCUCCUGGCUUUACUUCCUCAUUUAGUUCUUCUACCCCCUCUGUGUUUACAUUUGGAGCAUCUUCAUCUUCUUUUACUACUCCAAGCACUUCACCAGUGGUCUUUGGAUCAACACCCAGUGCCGCAAGUGGUUCUGCUUUUUUAUUUGGUUCAACUUCUUCCACAAAUUCACUUUCACAGCCCAUGUUUGGUAAUUCAGCGUUUGCUGCAUCCCCUGGAAACAAUGUUAACAUGGAAGACAGCAUGGCUGAGGAUGUUGUGCAGGCUCCUGCACCUGCAGUUUCUUUUGGGCAACCUUCUGUUUCGCCCUCUCCAGGUGGCUCUGCAUUUGGUUCAGCACCGAGUCCAUUCCAGUUUGUCGGCGGUCAGCAGAGUCAGGCUGGUCCCCAAAAUCCUAAUCCAUUUGCAGCAAGCAGUCUAGUUCAGCCUGCUCCUCAGAAUUCUUCUCCAUUUGCAGCAUCAAACAAUCUAGAAUUUGGUGGUGGAGGGAGCUUUUCGUUGGGUAGCAGUGGCCCUGACAAAUCAGGUCGGAAGAUUGUGAAAAUUAAUAGAAACAAACACAAAAGGAAAUGAGGACAUUAAGCAAAGAUCUUCGAUUUGUUGGUUAGAAUAUCGAGUGGCAGGAGACGACUAAAUCAUUUGAUUAUAGCACAGCAAUCAAAGGUCACAAUUUUGUUUACAGUUUUUACACAAAGACAUGAAUGAUUGUAUUGUACGGGUAGGGCCAUGAAGGUUUGUCUUAGUUCACCAAAUUGUUUAGUCAACUUUGCUUUUUGUACUUCUACAUGUAUAAUAGGAGGGAAAUGGUUGUGCCUCUAAACAUCUCUUUCGAUGAAUCCACUGGUAAAUUGAUCAAGAGAAACAUCCAUCCCAAUUGUCUUAAGAUUAAUAAAACAAAAAAUCGAAAGGUUGAUACGUCGGAAAA